AUGUAUUUGGGAAAGUUGGGCUGCAUAACUCACCUUUUUGUUUUGUUUUUUCUCUUCCCUUUAUCUCCUAUUUGCUUUUUUCCUCCAGCUUUGCUUCCUAGGUCUUCAACCUUGAGUGUCACUACUGCCUUAGAGCAGCCUAGACCUACCCUUAAUCCUCCUUGCUCCUUGGCCCCUCAACAAUGCCCUUUGGCAACUGCUCCCCAGCCUCCCCCAUUCCCUUCUCCCUCUAGUAUUUCCUCAACCCCUUUUGAAGUUCCUUUUCCUCAGUCAUCCUCUGGGACAGCCCAGCCUUUGGGAACUGCCCCUGACACCCCUACUUUCCUACCAAACCUAAUAGGGCCUCCCAUCUCCCCAGCUGCCUUAGCUCUGGCUGCUCCCAUGAUAACUCCAACUCUAAAAGGUGCCCAUUCCUCUUCAACUCCCUUAGCUCUGGUUGCCUUGGCUCCCCACUCAGUUCAGAAAAGUUCUGUUUUUCCACCUAACCCUUUUACCUCACCUCCUUCAGUUACUGUAGCUGAGUCAGCGUCACUGACAUCUCUGUCAGCCCCCAUUGCUCCCUCAGAACCAAAAACCUCUCCUAUUCAAGCUCCUUCUCAGGUUGUCCCUAAUCCGGAAAGUGCCCCCAGUCCUCCAGGUAUAGUCAGUGCAAUUCCUUCCCGCCUUGUAACUACCUUGGCCUCUGUUCAGUCUGGAAUAGCCUCCUGUCCUCAGAUACCAUCCACCACUCCCCUAGCCAUCACUUCCCCUCAAGUCAAAAGUAUACCCACUUCCUCAGCUCUGGCUUCUCCACAAAACCUAGUAAGCUUCAGCCUAAAGGGUCCUGUUAGUCCACCUGCUGCCUUAUCCUCUUCAACCCAGUCUAUUCCUACGGUGACCUCUUCUCAGAAAACUAUGGCUCCAAGCAUCCCUCCAGUUUUCUCCACUCCUUUGGGCUCUCAUCUUUCACCUUUACAUCAGAGUUCUUUCAGUUCUUCUGUCCAACAUGUAGAUCAAACAGGUCCUACUGCUCUGUCAGAUCCUACAAUGAAUACCAUUUCUGUAGAUCAUUCCUCCAUAAGGGCCUCUUAUCAUUCUGAGGGAUCUGUAAUUCCUCCCCUUUCUUCCAGAAAUGAGGUGGUUCCUGCUGCUGUUGCUGCUUUUUCAGUGGGGGCUCCGCCUUCUCCUCUGGCUCCAUCUGUUGACAAAAGCCCUUCUAGCAUCGCUAGCAUAACCUCUUACAACCCUUCUGGCUCCCUAAAUGUAGCUACCUCUUCUUCAUUAUCUCCUGCUGCCCCUCUCAUUCUCAAAGGCUCUCCUGUUGCCACUCAUCAUCAGUCUUUAAUGGCCCAGAUUCCUGUUUCUCCAGGAAGUCCAGGCUUGAAAGAAGCUCCUGUUUCUUCUGUUGGAGCCACCCAACUUGUGAUGACUAAUCCCUCGACAAUUUCUGCAGUAUCUACUAUCUUGGAUGUAGCUACUUGUCUCUCUCCAAUUUCAUCAGUUCCCACAGGUAGUCAAGAACCAACAUCCUCUACUGCCUUGGUUAUGGCACCUGUGGCUUCCAAAGAGCUUCCUACUCAAGUAGCAACCACUCUGGGGAUACCAGUCUCUCUUCCUGUGCCAGCCCCUGAAGACCUCAAAAAUCUCCCUACUUCAUUAUUGGUAAAGUUCCCAACACAAAAAGAUCUCCAAACUGUACCUGCCUCUCUUGUUUUUUCAGCCGGGGCAGGACUCCCUACCAAGAAAGACCCUACUCUACCACCAUUGGCCCUGGCAACCCCUAAAAAUUCCCCCUCUACCCAAAGUACUUCAUCUUCUCUGGAGAUCACUCUCUCUCCUGAAGCCUCCCCAGCGAGGAAGAGCCCUGUUGAACCCCACCCUGUAGGUGAGCCAGCCAGUGCUACUCCUCUGGGUGAUAACUCCCCGACCUCUGUAAUCAAGACAGAUCCUCAUGCAAGCCCAGACCCUGCAGGUCUGCUUCUCAAAAGUUUAGUGACUACAUUUCCUUUGGAAAGUGCUGACCCUGCUAGGGUGGCUCCUACAACUGCUAAAGUUACCUCCAAUCCUGCAGUUACAGCCAGCCCUUUUCUAGAAGGACCUGUCUUUUUAGCUCCUAAACACCACCCAGCUAAGAAGGGUACUUCCUCUCUUACUACUUUACCUUCGGUUCCUCCAACAUCUGGAAGUUGCCCUGUGACUUCAACUGUGACUUUAUCCCCCCAGAAUGUUUCUACUUCUCUAGCUGCUUUGGUACCGGCCCCUGAAAUUCCAAAACCUGUGCUCUUUCCCUCUCUUCCCCUAACUGGGACUUCUACGGGUGCAAAGAAAUUUGAUGGUAUUUCUCAUACCUUAACAGUGGGAGCUGUGGCUUCCUCUCCUGAAGGGUGCCCUGCUAAGGACUCUGGUGGUUCUGUUACUGAGUCUUCCAAAGGAACUCUGACUUACCUAGCUGACUCCCCAUCUCCUUUAGGGACUAGUGUGUCUCCUCAAACUAAAAGACCUCCAACCAAAAAGGAAUCUGCUAUCCCUGAUGCUCCUGUUGGAAGUCUCUCAUCCCCUGUUUCUCCCAUUGAAACUUCCUUUCUUCCGGAGGCCAGUCUUUCUUUUCAAGGACCUAAAGUCUCACACACCAAGAAGCAUUCUUCCACUCCUCCAACUAUGACUCUUCCCUCCCCCAAAAAGGCCCCAGCAACUCGAGCCUCCAAAGGAGGCCCAGCUAUCCCAUCUCCCAAAGGGGUCCCCACUUGCCCACCUGUGACUCCUCCCUCCCCCAAAAAGAAUCCAUCCCCCAAAGGAGGUCCAGCUACCCCAGCUCCUAAAGGGCCCCCCACUUCCCCAGCCAUGACUCUUCCCUCACCCAAAGCCCACACACCCCCAGCUGUGAUUUCUCCCUCAUCCAAAGAGUCCCUAGCUACCCCAUCCCCAAAUGAAGCUGCCACUCCCCCAGCUGUGACUCCUCCCUCCCCCGAAGAGGCCCCAGCAACUUCAGUCCCCAAAGGAGCUCCAGCCAAACCCAAAGGGGCCCUCACUCCUCCAGCUAUGACUCCUCCUUCUCUCAAAAAGGCCCCAGCAAUUCCAGCCCCCAAAGGAAGCCCAGCUAGCCCAUCUCCCAAAGGUACUCCCAGUACCCUAGCUGUUACUCCUCCCCAAAAAGCCCCAACUACCCCGGCUGAGACUCCUUCCCCCAAAGAGGCCCCAGCAACUCCACCACCCAAAGGAGCUCCAGCUACGCCAUCCUCCAAAGGGGCUCCCACUCCUCCAGCUUUGACUUCUCCCUCUCCCAAAGAGGCUCCAGCAACUCCAGCACCUAAAGGAGCUCCAGCUACCCCAUCCUCCAAAGGGGCUCCCACUCCUCCAGCUUUGACUUCUCCCUCUCCCAAAGAGGCUCCAGCAACUCCAGCACCUAAAGGAGCUCCAGCUACCCCAUCCUCCAAAGGGGCUCCCACUCCUCCAGCUUUGACUUCUCCCUCUCCCAAAGAGGCUCCAGCAACUCCAGCACCCAAAGGAACUCCAACUACCCCAUCCUCCAAAGGGGCUCCCACUCCUCCAGCUUUGACUUCUCUUUCUCCCAAAGAGGUUCCAGCAACUCCAGCUACCCCAUCCUCCAAAGGGGCUCCCACUCCCCCAGCUGUGACUUCUCCCCCUCCAAAAGAGGCUCCAGCAACUCCAGCUACCCCAUCCUCCAAAGGGGCUCCCACUCCUCCAGCUUUGACUUCUUCCUCUCCCAAAGAGGCUCCAUUAACUCCAGCUACCCCAUCCUCCAAAGGGGCUCCCACUCCCCCAGCUGUGACUUCUCCCUCUCCAAAAGAGGCUCCAGCACCCAAAGGAGCUCUAGCUACCCCAUCCUCCAGAGGGGCUCCUACUCCCCCAGCUGUGACUCCUCCCUCCCCCAAAAAGAUCCCAGCUACUUCAGCCCCCAAAGGGGUCCCUCCUCCCCCAGCUGUGACUUCUCCCUCUCUCAAAGAUGCCCCAGCAACUUCAGCCCCCAGAGGAGUUCCGGCUACUCCAUCCCCCAAUGGUGCUCCAGCUACCCCAGCUGUUACUCCUUCCCCCAAAAAGGCCCCAGCUACCCUGUUCCCCAAAGGAGCCCCCACUCAUUCAGCUGUGACUCCUCCCUCCCCCAGAGAGGCUCCCAUGCCCACUGCUGUGUCUUCUUCUCCCAAAGGCUCCCCUACUUCCCCAGUUUCAGUCACAUGUACCAUGGGGGCCAUUGCCCCUCGGGCAUCUAAAGGACUCUCAGCAAAGAAAGGCCUCACUGCUCCUAAAGAAGGACUUACUGCUGCAACUUCAGAAAGUGUACCAGUCAUUACAGCUCCCACUCAGAAAGGUCUACCAGCCAAGAAGAGUUCUGCUAAUUCACCUCCUAUUUGCCCAGAUCCCUCAGCUAAGAAUGGUACUAAAGGACCCCUUUCAAAGACUGCAAAAGCCCUCCAUAUUUCUCCUGCAAAGGACAAAGAUUCUUUUCAUUCCCCGAAGGGCCCCUUGACUCCUUUUGAGUCUAAGACAUCUACCGCUCUAGUAGCACCUACCUCUGAAAAGGUCCUUUCUAAAGCUGGAUCAGCAGCAUCUGUCUCUCCAGCACCCACUCCACCAGUCUCUCUGCCUCUUGCUCCCUCCCUAGUUCCCCCUCUGCUUCCUAAACAGCAGUUUCUGCCAUCCUCACCUGGCCUGGUGCUGGAAUCACCCUCUAAGCCCCCAACCCCUGCUGAGGAGGAUGAGCUGCCGCCUCUGAUUCCCCCGGAACCAGUUUCUGGGGGAGUACCUUUCCAGUUGGUCCUCGACAACAUGCCCACCCCCAAACCUGCUGGGAUCACUGCCCCACCCCCCUCUGCCAAGCAGCCUGUUUUGAAGAACAACAAGGACUUAGUAAUGACCAGUUGCCCACGGAUUCUCUUUUCUUAA